AUAAUGAUUUGGAACAAAGAGAGUAUACCAAUUUUGCCAUUAUAAAUAACUUGGUAUUCAUAGUUUUCCCAUCUCAUACCAAACAGAGAAAAAAGAAAGCAAAGCAAAAACAAGUUUGAAAUGAACCAAAAUGUGAGAAUGAAAGGCUGCUCUAUAGUAAAGCCAGCUGAGCCAACAUGGAAAGGCACAUUAUCUCUCUCAGAAUGGGAUCAAGUUGGUAUCAUUACUCAUGUACCAACCAUCUACUUCUACAGGCCACCUGAGAACUGGCUUAGGUCACCUAAUAGUAUAGCCGCCACACUCAAACAAUCAUUGAGUCGAGCCCUAGUGCCCUUCUACCCGCUCGCUGGCCGCCUUCGCUGGCACAGCGACGGAGGAAGCCGUCUCGAACUCAACUGCAAUAAUGAAGGAGUUCGUUUCAUAGAAUCAGAUUCACUAUUGAAACUAGAUGACUUUGGCGAUGAUUUCUCUCCUUCAUCAAAAUACGAUGGCCUUAUUCCAACAGUAGACUACGGUCUCCCAAUUCAUGAAAUUCCUCUAUUGAUUGUCCAAGUGACUAAAUUCGCUUGUGGGGGAAUCAGUCUCAGCGUGGUUAUUUCUCAUGCUGUGGCCGAUGGAAAUAGUUCGUUACACUUCAUCUCGGAAUGGGCUGGUCUUGCUAGAGGUGAACCAUUAAACACUCCUCCGUUUCUGGAUCGAAAAGUCCUUAGAGCAGGAGAUCCCCCGGCUAAUAAUAGUAACAAUCAAGCUUUUUAUUUAGUCCACCAUUCCGAAUUCGACCAACCCCCAAUCUUAGUUGGAAAGUCAGACAGUGUUGAAGAGAGAAAGAAGAAAACCACUGUGGCCAUGUUAAAGAUAACAAAAGAAGAAGUUAAAACACUUCAAAUUAGUACGGCUGUCAAUGAUACUGCUCGUCCGUACACCCGUUAUGAGACCAUGGCCGCACAUGUUUGGAGAUGUGCAUGCAAAGCGAGGAGGCUUGUUAAGGAACAACCUACUGGUCUGGGCAUCAGCGUUGACGUGCGGAGCCGAAUAGACCCUCCUUUGCCGACGGGCUACUUUGGCAACGCCACUUUCGAUGUGAUAGCCAAGAGUAGCGCCGGGGAGCUGUUAUCUAAAUCCUUAAGCUUCGCAGCGAGUAGAGUAAGAGAAGCUAUUGAGAUGGUUACGAAUGAGUAUGUUUGGUCAAGCAUUGAGUAUUUAAAGAAUGAGAAGGACUUGAAGAAGCUUCAGAAUAUUCAUGCUUUGUUAGGAGGUAGUGAUGAUGAUGAUGAUCACGAGCAGCAGGGGCCUUUCUAUGGGAAUCCUAAUAUUGGAGUGGUGAGCUGGUUAAGGCUACCUAUGUAUGGGCUUGAUUUUGGAUGGGGUAAGGAGAUUUAUGUUGGCCCUGGGAUCCAUGCUUACGAUGGCGACUCUCUUCUGAUCUCUAGUCCCAGUGGCGAUGGUUCCCUGGUUCUUGCAUUGUGUUUGCAAGUUGAACAUAUGGAACCUUUCAAGCACCAUUUCUACAACGACAUAUAAUAUGAUAUCAUUAUCAUGUAUAAUUAUGUGAGACCAAAUAAAUUUAGACUGCUUAUUAAUUUGAACUAUAUAGAUAUAUUAAUGUAAAACAAUAAUUACAAAAUUAUGCUACUGUUUACUAUAUAUAGUAGAUACGUUACUGCUUUA